AUGGCUCCCUCGGCCGACCCCGUCCCCGUCCCUGUCCCGGCCCUGCGCACCACCGACCUGCCUCCUCCGACUCAUCCCGAUCGUCUACAGGUCAAUCGCAGCACCAAAGCCUUUGGCAGUGGGGCUAUCUCGCUCAUCGAUCUACCGGCCGGCACGCUCUUCGCCAAAAUUACCACCGCCACCCCCGGCCGGAAAGCCUACACCAGCGUUCAGACCGGCCGCGACACCCACAUCGAGCUCAACUCGGAUCUGGUCUUCUGCAACCACUCAUGCGCCCCAUCCCUAGUCUUUGACAUGGCCCGCAUGGAAGUACGUGUGGUGGACGAGAAGCCCCUGCGCGCCGGCGACGCCCUCACCUUCUUCUACCCCAGCACCGAGUGGGAGAUGGACCAAGCCUUUCAGUGUAACUGCGGCGCCCGCGAGUGCCGUGGCUGGAUCUCCGGCGCCAAAACCAUGUCUACGCAGGAAUUGGAGGGCUACUGGCUCAAUAGCCACAUUGCGGAGUUGCUGAAUGAACACCGAUAG